AGGUAUCGUUAGUAUCGUCGCCGACGCCGCCAUUUUGUGUAACGUACAGCUGUGGCAGUGUUGGCUUGGUCACGGUGAUCACUUGCUCAGCAGUGCUCAGUUAGACUCGACUUGGUGUAGUGUGAAUCACUAGUGUAAAUUGUUCGAAGAUCAGAAGUUGCAGUCCAUGCAAAGCAAUAUAGUAUUACGAAAACAUGUAAUCGCAGGCAAGUGCAAUCAGUGAUUAUAAAUCAACAUAAAUCGUUACUGCUGAUUUUCCUCCUGUUCAAUUGCUGAAUACGUUCGCAUUCAGAAGGAGUAAGCAUCUGGAUAUGGCUAGAGUUCAAUCAUACUCAAGAGUGGUAGAUCCUGUACUCAUAAAUACAAAUCCAGCUCUUAAUACCGAAAUUCAAAGUGGGGUGAAGAUUAAGGAAGAACCUAAGGAUACGACAUCGGAUUCCGAUACAAUAGAAGAUAUAUUAAAUAAAAAUUGCUUUAGUUUGAUUGAUCACGAUUACCAUUAUCGCGACGAAUCAUCAUUUAAAAGUAUUUCGUGUAAAGACAUAAAUAGUACAGAAAGUAAACAUUUAUCGAAUAGUCAUCAUACACAUUCAAAUGAUGUAAACGAGAUUAUUAAUGUUGAGCGUAAAGUUACAAAAACGAAGAAAGAAAUAGAUAAUACCUUACAAUUUAAGAAACAAAAAUGUUUUAAUAAAACCUCUAACAAUAAGAACGUUAAUAUAUUACGCUCAACUAAAGAUACCAUAAAAAAAAGAAGAAAACUACGACAUAAAAGUAAAUUAGUAAAAAAGAAAUCUGUUGACGCAAAUAAAUGUGACAUAUGUUUUAGAAAGUUCUCUUCUUUUAAAAAUUGUAUAGUCCAUAAACAACAUUAUGCCUUUGAAAAAGAUAACAACUGUAGGUUUUGUAGACAACAUUACGUAACACAAGAGGAAUUACAGUCCCACAAGUGUCCCCGCGAGCAUAGGGUUCGCAUAAAGACAUUUAGAUACCAUUGUAAUUUUUGCAGUCGUACCUUUAAGGAAAAAGGGCUUUUACAAUCUCACUUGUUUCACAUACACAGUGAGUUAAUAUUUUUUAAUAACACAGUUAAACACAGUACUUCCAGAUCUGAGAAUGUAAAUACUUCUUCUCAAGAUGAUACUUUAAGAACUAAUAUAAAUGAUGAAUUAUUGUGUUUUAAUAAUCUUGUUAAAUCAGAGAAGAUAGAUACCGUAAUAAAUAACGUUAAUAAAUCUUGCGAUAAUAAUAUGAUAGAUACUGAAAAAUCAACGAUUAACGAAUCAUCCGAUGAGAUGUCACUAACUGGUAAAAGAUUACGGCAACCAACAUUAACGGAAUAUAUUGAACUUUGCAAAAAGAAACGCGAUAUUAAAAUUAGUCCAAAUAAAUUAAACAUUACGAAAGAUGAGUUUUCUACGUGUGCUUCACAUCAUGAUAAACAAACAAGAGGAAAUCUAAGGCCAAAAGAAUGUAAUGAGCAAAUUGAUUUUUCACCUGCAAAAUUAGAUAACUAUUCCAAACAAAAAGCACAUUCUACUCUGGAACAAAAUGCACAACCUGAAAAGUGUAAAAAACCAUUUGUAAAAUUAUAUGCAGAUGUUGAAAUAAUGAAAUCUUUUCUGGAAAACCUUCCCGAUACGGCCAAAGAUAAAGGAACCGAGGAUCAAGUGAGUGACGUUUCGUAUGAUCGUGGAGUACCUUAUAGUUUACGAUCUCUAAAUGGAGUCUCUUAUGUGGAAGCAGAUUCGAAUUCAAGAAUGAGGAAAAGCAAAAAUAUACCUAAGAAGUCUCGAUUUAACAUAGAAUCUAAUAUUAAAAAAGAACAGAAUAUUGAUUUAAGUAAAAUAGAUUCGAAACUUAAAGCUCGUUUUAAGUGUAAGAAGUGUACAAUUUCUUUAACAAGAUGUGACGAACGACUAAAAAAUUCUUAUCAGAUUUCUACAACCGAUGUGGGAAACAACUCUCUUACUAUUGAAGGCAAUCUUACGUUGGAUCAAAAAAGUGAUCAAAAAAGUGAAGUGCGAAAUACAAUGAUACUCAAAGACUUAGAAGUUUCUCUGGAGCGUUUAGCUCCAGUUGUUCCAGAUAUAAAAGCUACAGUUAUGAAAACAGAUAUAAAAGAAUCGGACUUGGAGAAAUACAAUUAUAAUUACUUUUUGUGUAAAAUUUGUGAGAAGAGUUUUACUUCAAAAUUGGCCAAACGUCUACAUAUUAAGUCGACUCAUGUAGCAUACAUGUCAAGCAUAUGUGAUGCACGAUAUACAGGGAGGCAUAAAUUACUUCAGCAUUAUCUACGCGAACAUCAAUUUGAACAAAAUCAAUGUUGCAUUUGUUACACUUUAUUAUCCGAUUAUGAAGAACUGAAGCAACAUUUAUAUGUUCAUUGUCUGAAGUAUAUUCAAAGAAAGGACGACCAAUAUCAAGUAAACGUCGAAUUAAACUGCAGCCUGAUAAAAAACGCUUAUAAGUGUUUUCAAUGUGACAAAACAUUCUCAUCACAAUCAUCUUUAUUAGCACAUCAAAGUUGUUGCGCAAUAAAAGAAGAAAAACAGGAAGAUUUCAUGGAACAGACAAGUUCAUAUUCGAAGGAAAGUCUUGAGGUGCAGCAGAAGAAUACUGAUGAAAAUAUAGUUACAUGUAAUGAAGAGAUUAAUUCAAAUACUCCAUGUGAACCUUUAAAUAAUGAUUAUUUAAAGAAAUUAAACGAACAUAAAGUUUCGCUUUGUGAAAAUGAAUCGAGAACUAAUAAAGCCAAACAAAUUCUUGUUAAGAAUAACUUAUUAAAUGAAGAGAAACUCGAAACCGUCAACGAAUCACAAAAUUCUACGAAGCUUUUAGAAAAUAAUAAUUCCACAGUUAAUAAUCAGAAUAUUACAAAUACACAAUUGGAUGACGUUACAGGAAAAAAUGUGACUUAUCCUUGCGAUAUAUGUGGAAAACAAUUUCAGAAUUCCAAGAAUUUGGAGAUACAUGUACGUACUUUUAGCUUUACUACCGAUAUCUGUCCAAUGUGUGGCACCGGAUUUAGUUCUAAACGUCUUCUACAGACACAUAUCACUGCAGCGCACGUACCGCAGAUUUCCAAGACUUACAGUUUCCAUUGUGUAUUCUGUAACCAAGGCUUUUUAAAAAAACACGAUCUUCGACCUCAUAUAUUACACUUGCAUGGUCAACAAAUGCUCAACACCCUUACGCGCAAUCUCAAUAAUCAAGAGAAAUCUGAUGAAACAGUUACAACCCACACCGCAAUGUGUAAUAUUUGUAACUUGGUAUUUGAGACUCAUGAUCGUUACGUAGAGCACCGGAUGUAUUAUUACAAAAACCACACGUUCAAGUGCAAACUUUGCGAACAAAACUUUCAAGGAAUGUACAUGUUUCAUCAUCAUAAUAAACUUAUACAUUAUUCAGAGGAUAAACGCAAGUUAUACAGUUAUAUCUGCGAUAUAUGUAACGAGGGAUUUAAUCACGAGUCACAUUUUUAUUCGCACAACAUGCAUGUUCAUUCGAAUGAAGUAAAUUUAGCUGAAACUGCAAAAGAAUUUGAAGAUAGAAACCGUUCAGAUUACUCAUCUCAAAAUGCCCAGGAGCAGAUUAAAAAUGUUAUUAUGAACCAUAAACAAAAAAAACAGCCAUCCAAUGAGUGUAUUUGCCAAAUUUGUCAGCUGAAAUGUACAGAUAUGAAUCAUAUGGCAAAGCACGUAGAGUUUUAUGCCAAUGAUGGCGAUUUUAAAUGUGACAAGUGUGAAAGACGAUGUAGAACAUUUCCAUUACUUGAUCAACAUAGGAAAUUAACUCACCAUUGUCGUGAUGUUUAUAAUGGACAUUUAUGUCAUAUUUGUGGUGAAGUUUUGGAAACUCUUAUUGCAUUGAAAUGUCACGAGAAACACUCACAUUCAAAUACUACUAACAAUACGGAUAAUAGGAAAAAUUGUAAUCAGAAGUCAUCUUCGAACAUUACACGCAAGAUAGCAGAACAUUCAUAUGAAUCUAAGAACAUCAACAAUAUAGCUAAUGUAACUGAAUAUAAUUGCGUAUUCUGCGAUAUGAAAUUCUCUACUGCCAGCAGUGUCCAAACACACAUUGUUCAUGUUCAUAUGGAUGAUAUGUUAAAUAAAAGAGCUACUUUAAGACUAGCUCUUCCCAUUACUAAUAGCUAUGACAUACAGAAACAAUUUGCUGAAACUGAUCAAACACCAUCAUCAUCUUCAAUAUCAUCAUCUGAAGAUAAGUCGAUUCAAUUUCUUCAAAAAUCAGCAAUUCAACAAUCUAAUAUUGUUACUAAUAUUAUGCCUAAAACUGGAAUAAACGAUGGAACUACUAUUAAAUUAAAGAAAUUGAAAACUUUGAAGAAAAUUACAGAGAAGACGCCAAUCUCUUCUAUUUCAUGUAUUAACAAAUCUAAUCAGGACAAUAUUUCGUCAUGUAAUACUAUCGCAUCGAACACGAAAUCAAGAACGAAUACUUCAGUUUCUCUCUCCAUUGGACAAAAAUCUUUAAAGCUCGUCGUAUCAAAUAAUGAAAUAAGAAAUAACAGUUCAGCUCCUUUAUCAACUGGAUCAACAAUUUUCAAAACUGUCGUAUCAAACGCUGUAUCUAAUGAUAACACGGAAUCAAAAACGGAUACUUCAUGUUCAUCAUCCAUUGGAUCAACAAGUUCAAGAAAUGUCGCAUCAAGUGAAACAGAAUUCAGAAAUAACAAUUCACUUUCUUUAUCUACUGGGUCAACAACAUUUAAAACUUUUGUAUCAAAUACCGAAUCUAAAGCUAACGCUUCAACUUCUCCAUCUAAAUCAGCUAAUGAUCUCCGAAAAAGUUAUGAAGUUCCUUCAAAAGUUAAGUCAAUCAAUGAAUAUAAAGCUAAUUCAGUUUCAUCAUUAAAUAGAUCUGUAAUAGUUGAAAAUAAAUCCAAAACAACAUCUGUAUGUCCUUUAUCAACUAUAUCUUUAUCAACAUUCAAACAUGUUAUGCCACAAUCUUGGCAAAGCAACAGAAUUACAAAUCAGAAAUCAGAAUCAGAAAACAACUACAAUUAUAGUUAUUCAUGCCCGUUAUGUCCGCUAGAAUAUCCAUCUUUGAUGUUCUUCCACGCUCAUCUUAAGUAUGCUCAUGCAGAUUCCAUCCGAACUCAGAAAUUGAACAUUCCACAGAUGAAUCAGGCUCAGAAAGCUUCUAUAAUAGAAUGUUUAUUGUGUCCAUGUAUCUUUCUUGAUGAGAUCUCGUAUAAGAAACAUUUGAGAAACUCUCAUAUGUAUUUCGUGUAUAUCUCAAACUCUGAAACUCAAGAGGUGGCAAAAAUCAAUAACUCAUCUAAUCCCCCAGUAACACAGACAAGCAUCAAUAAAGAGGUCACAAUUCCUGAGGUAAUUACUGUAGAUGAUGAUGAUAAUCAUCAUCAUGAUAACAUCAAGAAUACAGCAGAUCAACAGACAACCAAAGUAACAGCCAUGCUUGAUCACAGAGAACAAAACGAGAAAAUUGGUAAAUUGAGAGUAAAGCCUUUUGCAAGGAUCAUGGAAAAUUUACCUAAGGAUUCUGCAUCGGAAGUCUUGUAGACUAAAUAAAUCUGGCCCAAAUCAGAUUUUGGUCAGAUUUAUCAUGAAAGUUUAAAUUUCAUUCAUACUAAGAAUAUAUAGUUAAUGAUAGAUAUACUAAUUUAUAAAAUAUUAAAAUAAUGAUAAACUAUAAGCAAGAAAUUAUGUUUCAAUUUUGAUAAUUUAUUACAAAGAUGAUUGAAUGACAAAGGCAAUUUAUUUGAUAUAAUAAAUGGAUAUCUAAUUCUUAAUUAGUAUUGAUUGAUGUGAUUAAUUAGUAUUGACUGUAUUGGUUCAUUAGCUGUAUUGAUUAUUUUACUCAAAUAAGUAUAUCGCUAAUUUACUACAAAAACUACAUAACUAAAAAAAGUUUUAAGUUGUCUGCAAAAAGAAAUAUAAGAAUUUUAGUGAAAAUUUCGUUAAAAAGGCACUGCAAGUACAGAUAGUCGUGAUUUAAAAUAUUUAAACUGGAAAAUUUUGUUUUUCUUAAAUUAGAUCCUUAUUGUAAAUGAGCUAGUAAAGAGAUGAUGUAGUACUAUUAUAUCAUUUGAUUAAAUGAAUAAAAAA